UUCCAGCUAAAGUCUCUCCAAGUCCAAAUUUGUUCAAAUACACGCGGUCCUUACAGGAUCGAGAAAAAGAAUUGUGCAAACAGUUCAUCGAUAUAUUUCUGCUGUAGCUGGUCAUUAGCUGAUGAAACACUGGCAAGGAAAGUUCUGGCAAUUAUCAGUAGAUUGGAAUUUUAGAUUAUACCAUAUAGAAGACGCUAUCUGUUGGUUCUUCAUCUAAUGUCCAACUGCAAAUUCAAAAUAUUGAGCUGCAAUCAAAGAAAUAUGAUAUUAAUGGGAAAGGUCAAAACUGCAGAUAAUAGAGUCAUCCAAGAUCAACUGCAACAAAAGAUAUGUGAAUGCAGAGAGUUACAGGAAACAAUUACUUCCCUCAAUCUGCAUCUUGCACAGGCUCUAGAUACAAAAAAUUCCAGACUAGCAAAUGCUGAACCACAGCAUAUGCAAGAAAAUGAAGGAGUAUCAUCACAAGAUACUGCAGAGUUGCUGCAACAUGCACACAUGCAAGCAGAUUUGGUACAAGGUUGUCACAAAAUUGUAAAGUCUUGUUUUCCUUUGGAACAGUGCUCCAUAAGUUGACUUCUAAUGAUAAAA